AUGGGUUUAAAUCGCUCGUUCCCGCUGGUCUUACUGAAUUGUCUGCUAAUCUGCGUCACUCUGUGGAGCAACCCGAGCAGCGGUGCGUUUGCUAAAUCAUCCCGGAGACCUAACAUUGUUUUGAUCCUCACCGACGACUUGGACGUCGCUAUCGGGGGUCUGAGUCCACUCACCAAGACGAAAAAACUAAUUGGUGAUGCAGGGAUAUCCUUCACAAAUGCAUUUGUCGCCAGCCCGCUGUGCUGCCCGAGUCGAGCCAGCAUCCUGACAGGGAAAUACCCCCACAACCACCACGUCAUCAACAACACCUUAGAGGGAAACUGCAGCAGCAAAGUCUGGCAGAAGAGCGAGGAAGCACACACCUUCCCCGCACUGCUGAAGACGUACGCCGGCUACCAGACCUUCUUCGCUGGGAAAUACCUUAACCAGUACGGGCACUCAGAGGCUGGUGGAGUGGCGCACGUUCCUCCAGGCUGGAACUACUGGGUCGGACUGGAGAAGAACUCUAAAUACUACAACUACACUCUGUCAGUGAAUGGAAAGCCUGAGGAGCACGGAGCAGACUACAGCAAAGACUACCUGACAGACGUCCUGGCAAACCGGUCUCUGGACUUCCUCCAGUAUAAAUCCAACUACCAGCCGUUCUUCAUGAUGGUGUCCAUUCCGGCCCCCCACUCCCCUUGGACAGCGGCUCCUCAGUACCAGAACAGCUUCAACAACACCAAGGCUCCCAGAGACCCCAACUUUAACGUCCACGGCAAGGACAAACACUGGUUGAUCAGACAGGCUAAAACCCCCAUGUCCAACUCUUCUGUUCAGUUUCUGGAUGAUGCUUUCAGGAAACGGUGGCGAACGUUGCUGUCCGUGGACGACCUGGUGGAGAAAAUAGUGAAGAGGUUGGAGGUCGGCGUUGAACUGGACAAUACGUACAUCUUCUUUACCUCUGACAACGGCUACCACACAGGUCAGUUCUCUCUUCCUCUGGAUAAGAGGCAGCUCUACGAGUUUGACAUCCGAGUUCCUCUCAUGGUCAGAGGACCAAACAUCAAGCCCAACCAGACCAGCCAGAUGCUGCUGUCCAACGUCGACCUCGGUCCGACCAUCCUGGACAUCGCCGGCUACAACGUCAACAAGACGCAGAUGGACGGCAUGUCCUUCCUGCCCGUUAUGGAGGGGAAGAUGAACAGCAGCAGCUGGAGAACUGACAUCCUGGUGGAGUAUGAAGGAGAGGGCAGCAACGUGACGGACCCGGCCUGCCCUCUGCUGGGACCAGGAGUGUCGGAGUGUUUCCCAGACUGUGUGUGUGAGGACUCUUACAACAACACCUACGCAUGUGUGCGCACAGUCGCCCCCUCUGCCAACCUGCAGUACUGCGAGUUCGACGAUAAUGAGGUGUUUGUAGAAGUCUACAACGUGACCGCAGACCCCUACCAGCUGACCAACAUCGCAAAGACCAUCGACCAGGAAGUCCUGGAGAAGAUGAACCACCGGUUGAUGAUGCUGCAGUCCUGCUCCGGACAGUCGUGUCGGACACCCGGCGUGUACGAUCCAAGGUAUAAAUUCGACCCACGACAGAUGUUUACGAGCCACAGCUGGCGGCUCGGCAGACUCCGACAGUAGAUGAAGUGAGAAGAAGGACGGAGGGAGAAGACGGAGGAAGAGAAAGGCUGUAUUGUAUUUUUAUAUAUUCAGCCUUUCCUGCUAUUGUAGCCUUGUUUUCAGGCCUCCUGAGCCAGUCUCUUUGUAGAUGGAUGGAGAAGGGAUCGGGGCGGUUGCCAUAGAGACGGAGGCCUCUCUGGGUGCAGAACCCACCUUGUUAAGCUUCCAGAUUGGGCUGCCGUUUAGUGAGUUUGUCAGUGGGUGUGCAGGGAAAUUAUUCAGGAUGGAUUUACACUCGCAAGCCAUUAAUUCCUGUUUUCGUGUAAGCAUUAUUGUGUCCGCUCAGUCAGUCGUAUCAAUUUAAAAUUCUGCAAACAAAUAUUUGACCCAGUUCUUAUAAAUCCAAGUCUGUUUUUUUUUCUCUCUGUUGAGAAAAUCAUAUCAAUGAUCCAAAACAGUGGCCAGGUUUUUGUGUUAUUUACUCGUCUGAAUACUGUACAGGUUGCCUGCUGUGAGAAUCUUUUUGUUUUGGGGUAUUUUUACUAAACCAAUCAAAAUUAGCAAUACCUUUUGACAUUGAUUAUCCCUCGACUGUGUAUGGCCUAAUCAUAGACUGCAUAUAAAAAGUGUCCACCGCCUACCUUCAACUUUAUAUAAAGUCUAUGAGCCUAAUAGACAGCUGGCAAACAAUACCAGGUAAAUAACUACAGUGUAAUUUGUGAUAAUGUAGAUCUCUUGAGUUUAACACGUAGUGAUCAACAACAACAACGUGGUUACUUGAUAAUCUGUUGAGGACCAACCGAAUGCAGCGAAACAAUCCUGUAUUAGACGGUAAAGGUACGGUCACAUGACCUGACAAAGGACGUCACGCUUCUGAUGCGGGUAAUAAAAUAAAUACUGAUCGGAGCGAUCACAGCCUGUAAACCGCAUAUAUCUGUAGUGUGAUAAUGAACUAAACACGACGAUAAAAAAACGUCAGCGUUGAACAAAAGGUGAACUCUGUCGGCGAAGGAAACGCACGCUUGAAUCCAACCGGAAUGUUGGCUUCAGAUUCACAGGACAGAUGUUUCAUGUGAUCUAGAAAUAAAAAAAUUAAAAGAACUGGGUUGUAAAGAGCGCCACCCACAGAAACUUUCUAAACAGGCAGUCCAACAGAAAACGUCUCACAGACAUGACCCCAGCUGUCACUUCCACAGUCAACAACAUAUCAUGAACAAAAUGACCGAAUAGUUAUUAGACACUGGAAGCAGCCAACAUGUGGUGCAUGGUGGCUUUAAGGGAAAAAUUUGGACACAAAUUUUCAGAUUAUUUUUGUCACAAUAAAUCAGAUGGGCAGAAGAAUCAACAUGACUGAACAUUUAGCAAACAGAAACCGGAAUUACAGACUUAAAACUGGUCAGAUCUUUAGCAAGUUUUGGCAAAAAAAACCAUCUAUCAUUCAAGUGUAUCAGAAAACACUGAGUAAAAAGCAACUUUUGUGACUAUAAGAAUAGUAUACGAAUUGCUAGUGGCAUCAAUGAAAGCCUCCAUCCAAGUUACAUUUAAAAACUUGACAUAACGGCUCAUUAUUGACAUUUUAAGUGUCCCCUACAUCAGACGUAAAUUAUUUCAGUGAUUUGUCUCGACUGUGAGCAGUGUUAAAGCACCUUUUUUUUGGUCAUUUUCAAAUUUCAGAUUAAUUGCCACUUUUUGUCUUGAUUCCCUAUUUGGAUUUUAUUCCAUCACGUGUUGAACAUUUCAAACUUGCUAACUGCCACUUUAAAUGAACAGAAACACAUGCAUUGUUAUGUCGAGGAGGAAGAUUUGACAACUUCAUCAAAUCAAAUAUUUCACUUAUUUCUUGUUUUGUAGCGUUUCACUGAGCCAAAUGUUAGACUUUGGUUCGAUAUAGAGAUUAACGUUCUUGCCAAAAUAAAAGUCCUUUUUUUCAUCGU